GUUUUUUUUUUCUUUAGAAACUGCUAUUACUUGGAGAUAAGCUGCCUGAUGGUGCAACUAAUCACGAGAACUCUAAACAAUCUGUACAAACAGACGUUCACAAGGUGCAGUGAAAUUAACAUUUAAAGAAAGGAAGAUAUUCGUAUCUCCUUUAUACCACUGCUUGGAUGAACUCACCAGAGUUUAUUUUAAUGCUGGGAACACCGUGGAUGACUCUUCAGUCUAAGCUUGCUUCAUUUUUAAGGAGGAGUAGGUAGCACUCUGAUAGCUUUGGCAGAUAGCCAUGUCAGAGAUUGUAUUAAAUGUGGAUUUUGCUGCCAGUGGCUCCCAGCACAAACCAAGUGGCCCCAGUAAUAAGCAUGAACGAUUCAUUAAGAAGAGACGAUAUCUAGAAAAGAAGGGGUUCUUGAAAGAAAAACAGCUGGCACAUCUUGGUAACAGGCAGCUAGGCAAACCAACAGGAAACUGGAACUUCGGAAAGAACAGUUUAGUGGAAGGAGAUUUCGGACAUCUUCAGAAACCCAGAGACCAUAUACAUCAAGGUUAUGCAAAUAUACCCAAGUUUGCUAACUUCAAAUUACAAAAUGCUCAGCAGCAUGGAUUCAGACCACAAAGUUUUGGCAAAGUCAGUGUGAAGACUAGCUUGAUAAAUCCAAGCUUCAGCCCUGGAACACAAAGUCAAGCUUAUGCUGGACAGAAAGACAGCUUACUGAGUGAGUAUGAAAGUGGGCUGUCAGCAGCUGCAACAUCAGGGAAGUCGUAUAAGUACGUAGCCAUCGAUUGUGAAAUGGUAGGGACUGGACCAAAUGGAAAUCGCAGUGAAUUAGCUCGCUGCAGCAUUGUGGGUUAUCAUGGUGAUCUAGUUUACGAUCAGUACAUUCUCCCUGUCAAUCCUGUAACUAACUAUAGAACUCGGUGGAGUGGAAUCAGGAAGCAUCACUUGAAGAAUGCAACUCCAUUCCGAACUGCACGAAAAGAGAUCUUGAAAAUCCUGACUGGUAAGAUUGUUGUUGGUCAUGCCAUUCACAAUGACUUUAAGGCGCUAAGUUACUUCCACACAGAAGCCCUUACCCGCGACACAUCUAAAAUUCCACUGCUGAAUAAGAAAGCUGGUUUUCCUGAAAAGGAAUCUGCCUCCCUGAAACGUCUUGUCAAGCAGCUCCUGAAGAAGGACAUCCAGGUUGGCAAAAGUGGUCAUUCAUCAGUGGAAGAUGCUAAAGCCACAAUGGAACUUUACCGAAUGAUCGAAGCAGAGUGGGAGAAAGAACUAGCAUCGAUUCCAGAUUCUAAAUAAUAAGAGAUUGGAGUUAUUUCCAGGCAGAGUGCAAAAAUCAAAGCUGAAAUAAUCCAGCAGAAUUACUCAUUUACCAAAAGGAAGUGGCACUGAAACUACAGCAAGACUUAACAUGAAAGCACACCAGAAAUAACAGGAGUGACAUUUAAAUGAGGACUUAAGUGAAAACAGACUGUUAACCACUAUAUAUCCAAAUUAACUUGGUAACAGUGUAGGGUUGGUUGUCACAUAGUUUGAAGUGGUUUAGCACCUUUGACUUGAGCUGCAGUAGUUUCAUGAAAAUAUUUAACUAAGAUGAAAAAGAGAAUGGUGCCACACCACAAAGGUAAAUGUGAUGGUUACUUGGCACAUAGCUGUUUCACACACAUCUUUUGUGUUUCAUCAAGGGUUUCAAUCUCUGAUUAGCUGAGAUUCUUGUUGAUAAGGUUAUAUACAGAUUGAAAAAUUAAAUUAAUUCAAAAACUG